AUGUUGAGCAAGGUUCGUAGAACCUUUAAGAAAGGGUAUUUGCCAGGCUGGACAGAAGAAAUAUUCAUCGUAGAUAGACUAUUAAAUUCCUAUGUACCAUCUUACAAGAUCAAAGAAUAUAAUGAAACACCUGUCAAAGGUACGUUUUACGAGGAAGAGUUGCAAAAAGUCGAUAUGGGUGAUAAAGACACGUUUUUCCGGAUCGAAAAAGUAUUAAAGAGAAAAGACGGGAAAGCUUUGGUCAGAUGGAAAGAAAAUCCACAGUUUGACUUCACAGCAGCCCCUAGAAUAGUAUUUGCAGGAGAAGCAGGUGUUGAUGCAGGAGGGCUAGGUAGAGAAUAUGGCAUACUGUUGCGUAAUGCAAUAUUCUCAGCCAAAGCCAACCUUUUCGAAGGGCCAGAAGAUAGGAAAGUGCCAUUAUAUUCGAUUGAUGCCAUUAACUCCAGGUUGUUUCAACUUUCUGGUAAAAUGGUAUCAUAUCUAAUUGUACAUUUAGAUAUAGGCAUUCCCUGUCUUAGUCCAGCAGCCUACAACUACAUUGCGACAGAAUCUGUUUCCCCUGAGUGCUGUUCAGUUGAUGACAUUGUUGAUUUGGAGCUCAAGGACCUUAUCUCAAAGGUGACUGCUGCUGCAGGCAGUGAAGACCUACAAGAGGUUGCUAAUGAUGAAUUUCUUGGGAAUGCACUUAUAAAUGCAGGAUGGCUGAAGCCUCUCACAAUACUCAACAGAAAUCAUGCAAUGCAGACACUUAUUGUGCAUGAUGUGCAGAAAAAACGACAAGAGCCACUGGAUCAGUUCCGUAAAGGACUAGAGACACUGGGAAUUCUUGGCCUUAUCAAAUCCCAUCCAGACCUGAUGGGCGCUUAUUUCCUGAAUACUUGGCAAGCAGCUUUGACAAGUCAGGAAGUACUUGAAUGCCUGGAGUUCCAAGAAGAAGACAAUGACAAGGAGGCCAAUUAUUUCCUUGUUAAAGCCAUUCAGAAUUUCGAGAAUGGUUUGUGUCGAAAUGUUAUAUAAUAAUGAUGAUGAUGUGUGUCUGCAUGUAUAUGA